UGGUAGCCCAGGAAGCAAGCGCCAUGCGGGGUGCAGAAAUGGGAAGGCCUUUAAUUAAAUUCAACCACUGUAAGAAAAGCAUCUACUGCUUCAGCGUGCCGGAGAAAUGCCCCCUCUGCCAGCAGGAGGUGGGCUCCCGGAAGCUGGAGGAGGCGCCUGUUAGCAUCUCUAAUCCAUUUACCAACGGGCAUCAAGAAAAAUGUUCCUUCCUCCUCAGACCAACUCAGGGGACGUUUCUUAGGGAGUAUGAUGGAAGGUCUGAUCUUCAUGUUGGAAUAACCAACACAAACGGAACCGUGUAUAAUUACGAUAUACAAGGUAUUCACCGAGACGAGGCUGGGUGGGAACAGACUCUGAGUAUUCCGUUAUUGCAGCCGAACAUGUUUGGGCUCAUGGACCAAUGGGACCAGUAUCUGGAAGCCUUCUCAGCCUCAGGGGCCUGGCUGUCUCACAGGUAUGAAGAAGACCAUCACAACUGCUACAGUUUUACCCUCACAUUUAUUAACUGUAUUCUGACCACAGAAGGCAAGAAGCAACUGGACAAGGAUGAAUUCACGGAGAAAUACGUUGUCCCGAGGACAAAGAAGGCAUCCAAAUAUAUCACACUCUAUCGGGCGAUAGAAGAGCAUGGUUUCUACGUGGUUGACCAUCUUGAUGCACAGACAAACCCUUUAUAAGGAGGCAGUUUGUUAGGAAGGCACUUUUUAAAAAAAAUGCAAUUUUAUUGAGAUAUAUUCACACAGCAUAGAAACCAUCCAAAGUAUACAAUCGCUGGCUCACAGUAUCAUCCCAUAAGGAGUGCACUUUAUAAAGUCAGAAGAGUAAGCAUGUUUGGGGGUUACUGCCUUUAAUAGGUACCAGGACCUCCAAGUGCACUAAUGUUCUGAGUUAAUGAAAAAAGCAUCACAGCUCUCCUUUAAGCAUAUUUCAGCUGACAAAUAGCAUAAGAAUUUAUAAAAUUAAUAAAAAUUUCCCUGCAUUUUAAAUACUGUGUGCAUUACAACUAAAUUAUUUUCCUAGCAGUUUGGUUCGUAAACUGAGAAUCCAUGUUACAGCACAAAGUUGCUGUAUCUUUUAUUCACAAUUUAUUCAGUUGUUUUAUUAUGAAAAUAAUUCCCAUAAAUUAAUUUGAGCGGUAAAAAUUCACAUUUCAUGGGAAUUCAGAAAAUGGGGAUUUGUAGAUGGGAAGGUGAGUGAGGCACUUACAAUUUAUAAAGUAAUGAGUACCUAUCUUUCUUGUUUUUGUUUAAAAGUGUAAGAAAGGAAUAAGUUUCGUUUUCACACAAAGACAGUAUGGAAUAAGGGAA